AUGCACUGUGUGCUGGAGGAGCUGGCCCUGUGCUGCCUGGCCAUGGCCACCGGGGAAGGCCAGCAUCUUCCACUGCUCCAAGAGUGUUCUCCAUCAAGGAGAGAUGACAGACACAGGCACAGAGACGCUGCAGGAGCAGCCUGGGCCGUGGAGAUUGUGGGGGGGCGCGAGGCCCGGCCCCACUCGCGGCCCUACAUGGCAUCGCUGCAGAUGCGGGUGGUUCCCGGCAGUCACUUCUGUGGAGGCACCUUGAUCCACCCCAGUUUCGUGCUGACGGCUGCCCACUGCCUGCAGAACAUAGACCCCACGAUGGUGAGCGUGGUGCUCGGGGCCCACGACCUGCAGAACCCGGCGCCCACCCAGCAGCAAUUCUCCAUCGCCCGCCUGUUCGAGAACAACUAUGACCCGGAGCUGAAGCUCAACGAUGUGGUGGUCGUGCAGCUGGACCGGCCAGCCAUCCUCAAUGCCCAGGUGGCAGUGGCCCCACUCCCCCAGCAAGGCCAGCUGCUGCCCCAUGGUACCCAGUGCCUGGCCAUGGGCUGGGGUCGCCUGGGCACCCGUGCGCCAAUUCCUCGGGUCCUGCAGGAGCUGAAUGUCACCGUAGUCACCUUCCUGUGCCGGCCAGAGAACGUGUGCACGUUUGUCUCCCGCCAGAAAGCUGGCAUCUGCUUCGGGGACUCUGGCGGCCCCCUGGUCUGCGACGGCAUCCUGCAGGCCGUGGACUCUUUCAUCAUCCGGGAGUGUGCCACCGGCCAGUUCCCGGACUUCUUCGCUCGCGUCUCCCUCUACGUCGACUGGAUCCGCUCCGUGCUGAAGAAUAGGGUGGCUGGGGCGGCCGCUGAGCCCCAGGUGCUGAGGCUGGACAAGUCAUAAUGGGGGAACGUUCGACGGAGACAGCAGCUCUCCAGAAAGUGGCUUCUUCCCCCACCUGGGGCUCCCAAGAGCCAGGGGCCUGUGCCAGCCCCGCCGCCUGUCAAUAAAAAAGGACAU